UUGAUUCUCUUUCAUCUUGCUCUCCCUCCUCCUAACUAUAAAAUAUCUCUCUAUUUUUCUCUCUUUUUUCUGUUUCUAGUCCACCAACAGCCAUAAUUUAUGAUUAAAAAUCUGAUGCUUUGGUUAAAUAACACCACUUCCUCUGGUUUAAUCCUAGUGUUUACAUUGACAUAUUCAUUAUAAUAACAAACUAAAGCAAAGCUGAUGAGAGCCUAUUGUCCUAUCUUAAUUCGCCUUGCUUGCCAUUAUCACCAAUCUGAAGGUACAAAAUGAUUAGCGGUUGCUUCGGCAACACAUUCCUGAUAAUCGUGCAAAUAUUUUUUGGCCUUUUAUCAGCGUUACUAGGCUUUAUUUCCUUCUUCUAUUACCUUCUAAACCAUGAAGACUAUAAUGCAUCCAUUUGGAGCCUAUUUUUGGGUGUCAAUGCCAUUUCGCUCAUUCAUCUACAUGUGUUAUUCCUCAAAGCUCAAAUUGAUGUGUGGUAUGACAAAUAUACUUUCCGGAGCUUGAUUAAGUUUUCUUUCGUCUUGUCUAUUGCGGCGAUCAUCGCUUUACCAAUUUAUAUAUAUUUAUCUGUUAAACAUCAUGAAGAACUAACGCUUCGUGGCUAUCAUGUUGACGCUAUUUUUGCUGCUCUCUCAUUAUUUUGGUCAGUUAACCUCUUCUGCUCUAGCCGUCUCUACUCAAAAUAUGUACAACUCACCAAUCCAGCGCUUAUUGCUUCUAUUGAGUCAUUAGAAACACCUUACACAUUUUAUGUUGAUACAUUUUAAUGUUGGCUACGUCACUCCUGUAAUGAAACUCAAAACUCACCAUAAUCUCUAUAGUCAAGAUAUUGCAGCCUGAAGAGUUAUAUUCUUGAUCUCAUUCAAAAAUUCAUAUUUUCGCCACAAAGAAAACAUUCUUGAUUUAUUCAAGAUUGGACCAAUCCAAGCUUAUAACUUUUUUAUGCCACCUAGACUCUUUCACAUGAAAUUUGUCUACAAAAAAGUCUUUCCAUUAAUUUUGAAUUCAAUUUAUUAAAGUGAAUUAUUUGAGUAUUACAAAA